AUGAUAUCCCAACGCCUUAUCUUUGCUUUUCGUAGUAGUACAAGGUGUUGGCGACAUCCGAUAGCUUUUGUGGAGGCCCGGAAGCGUGGCGGCUGGCGCUGCUUCUCGACACCGGUUUGUAGCCGCGGGUCCCCGGUCAUGGAGGAGAUACUGGCCCGAGUGGUUGCACCUUUACCCACAUACGAGACCAGAGACAAGGCGCCCCCUCCACCUGAAUCCAACAGUCUGGAGUUUAUGCAUUUCUACAAAAGUUUGGACACGGAAGAUAAGCUCAGUUUGCUCACAAAACUAUCACAAGACUUUGGUGUUGAUCACAAAAGUGUCUCUGAGCUUGCUGUUAAGCUUUUGGACACUCAAAUUCGAGAUUUAGCAACCAUCUUGCAAGCUGAAGACAGGCUGCGUUACAGUCUAAUUCCUCGUUACAGACAAUUACUCAGCCAUAUCAGUAGGGUGGAAGGGGGAGUCAAGUUUUUGGUGGACCUUCGCACGGAUCUACUGGAAAUAAUUUCAUCUAAAGCGAGUGACAGUCCGCAAAUAAGGGAUCUAAACAGCACUCUGAAGAGCCUGUUGUCGGAGUGGUUCUCGGUGGGUCUGUUAAAACUAGAGAGGAUCACCUGGCAGUCACCCUGUGAUAUCCUUCAAAAGAUUAGCCAGUAUGAAGCAGUGCACCCUGUGAGGAACUGGACUGACCUGAAGCGCAGAGUGGGGCCAUAUCGUCGCUGUUACGCCUUCACGCAUGCUGCCAUGCCUGGAGAACCGCUGGUCGUACUUCACGUGGCCCUGACUGAGGAGAUUUCCAACAAUAUUCAGGGGAUUGUCAGGGAGUUUUCCACGCUGGAUGCAGAAGAGGAUGUGAAUAAAAUAAAUGCAGCAGUCUUCUACUCCAUCUCCUCCACUCAGGCUGGUCUGCAAGGCGUAGAACUGGGCAACUACCUCAUAAAACGAGUGGUGCGGGAGCUACAGAGUGAGUUUCCACACAUGUGCCAGUUCUCCAGUCUAUCUCCCAUCCCGGGCUUCACAUCAUGGCUGCAGGGUCUGUUGAACCAGUGCCGUAAGGAGGGCCGUGGUCUGGAGCUGCUGUCAGAGCAGGAGUGGAGGGAGGUGGAGCAGGCCACAGACUGUGCACCGGGCAUGGCGGCCAUGGAUGCCCUGAGGAAACUCAUCGGCACCGGUGAGUGGAUGCGCUCGGAAAGGCUCAGUCUGCUCCUGGAGCCUGUUCUUAUGCGCCUGUGUGCCUGGUACCUCUAUGGAGAGAAGAGGAGAGGAUACGCCCUCAACCCUGUGGCUAACUUCCACCUUCAGAAUGGAGCCACUAUGUGGAGGCUGAACUGGCACGCGGACACCAGCCCCAGGGGCAUGGCCAACUCUUGUGGCAUCAUGGUCAACUAUCGCUACUUCCUAAGUGAGACGUCCCACAACAGUGCACUCUACUUGCAGAACAAGGUCAUUACAGCGUCUGAGCAGGUGCUCAGCCUAGUGUCCCAGUUUCAGAAGAACAGCAAGUUAUGAUAUUAAAGUUCUUUUUGUUACUUUUUUGUAGAAAUAGGUUUUUAAUUACUUUAGUUGCUCAUUGUGCUGGGAAAAUGUAGCUUUUUUUUCAGCAUUAUUUGUUGUACUUACACAAAGACAUAAAUGUACAGCAUGCAUAAUACUGUGCCAAAACAUAAUCAUUGGGAAAUGUUUUGCAUUCAUGUACUUUCACACACCCUGUAUUUCAAGACUGGAUCCUUUCUAUCAUCUGUUUUUCUUGGCCUGUUUAUAGAUAAAACUACCCAGCACUUAUCAUAAUGCUGACUAAACACACUCAUUUUGUUGAAAGAACCAAUAUUCAUACAUAAAAAUAAAAUUCCAUUGUAUAGUUUUGGAUAUCUGUACAGUAUUUUGUUCAGAUGUUCUGAAUAAUGGCUUUACUGAUAAGUUCCAACAUUUUAACUGAAAUCCAGAUUUAAAACCAUUUAUACAUGACCUUGCGACUGUGACAGAGGUAAAAGUUUGAAUGAAGACAACAUCUGUGUAAGAUGUAUUUGCAUGGAUCAAUAUUUGACAUAUCUGAUGUUUAUUUUUACAUUCUAUCACAUUGAUUAUGUUUUGACUGUCUUUUGAUUAGUAUUUGGUCACUUUUGUUUACCUUAAACUUGAAAAGCCCUUAGUUGCCUCUUAUGUAGACAACAUUAUGAAACCCAUCUUUGAACACUUAUUUCUUAUUAUUUGUGUUUUUGUAUUUGGUUUUGUGGAUGUCAGCUUUGCCUUGAUGCACUCCUGGCUGGAGCUGUAUAAGACUGUGUGUGUGCUUCUAACUGAGACUGUAGCUAAUGAAGCACAGGCAUCCAUCAAUGCAGCCCCAUGUUUCCAGAUAACGGCGUGACAGAGCGCGGCUAUUGCAAUAAACAGUGUGGUAAUGCUGUAAUUUGGCUCAAUCGUCUGACUGCUGGGAGGCUAUUCAUUUAAUCUACACCUCCAGCGAAUAAAGUUGUCAAACUUUCAGCAUGUAAAAUCAGCUGUACUUGGAGACUUUAAAAUGUAAAAGUAUGCAAAAAAACAUAUUUCUUUGUCCCCAUCAGUGUUCAAUAAAACACCUCAAACUAUGGUGACAGAGCAAAGAUAUUCUGGCCUUUUUUGUGAUUUGUGUCUGAUGUUUUCAUUAUACUGAAUAAUGAAAUGCAUAGGAAUUUCAAGUUUACUCUGUCCUUAUUAAUACCAGAACACUAUGGAACACCCUCCCUCUGCCUGUGAGAUCCUCACAGUCUUUAACACAGUUUAAGACUAGACUAGCGACCCACCUCUUCUCCCCGGCAUUUAAUUCUAGCUAAACAGGAUCUUGGUGUUUUAUUGUCUCAUUUGCCUAAGUGUUAUAUUUUCUGUAUGUAAAACUGUGUAAAACUGAAUUGAAUUUAAUUAACACGAUUCACAAUGAAUAACUUACCCGUUUUACCAAGAUGUCUUUAUAUUUAGCAGUUUUGAUAUUUUAAGUACAAACAUAAUAAUAAGUACAAUCAACAAUAGAACACAUUUUUCAAAACAUACAUGACUGCAGGGCCCUUACUGUAUAUUUAUUCCUCCCUGGUUGAAAUGUGUAGUUUAUGUUCAUUCAUCCUAGCAGUGUCUCCGUGUCUUUCCUGUUUACAUUACUUACACACACAAGACUAAUAAUACUGAUUUACUGCUAAUCUGUUGUACCUCUACAGGUGCCAAGCGGGGCUCACAUCCCUUUGUUACGAAAUAAUACAUCACGCCAAGUUGACUGUGAAAUUACAUUUUAUAUCUCCGAGGGGUAAAACUUUCUUUUCACUUGCACUUUUUUUUUUCUCAUGCACUCGCUCUCCCCAGCUCCGCUAGCUUCCUCCCCUCCCUCUUUUUUGUGGUGCUGUUAUGUGUCCUAGAAACUAAUGGAGUGAGAAAUAAAGUUAAGGCAAAUGGCCAGAUUGAUGGCGCUGAGAUGUGAAGUAGGAGGAGAGUAAAAAAGCAUUGUUUAACGGAUGCCCUUGAGAGAUGCUCCCUGGAUGAGUAGACAUGUGUGUGUGUGCGGAGUGGACCCUGACGUAUGUGCUACACAGAAAAGAGAAGUGAGUGGUGGGUUGCCAUAGAAACAGCAUGACUACCCCUUCUCAACUUUCUUGUCACCUUUGCCAUAUAGUGCCUACAUAUCAAGUGCACAGACAGAAUAGAAAUGUCUUUUAUUGAGCACAAAUUUGGCAAGCUGAGACAUGAUUCGUUUGUCCGGAGUGUAGGCCAUACAAGGUUAAAAAUAAAACAUUAACUGACAAAGAGUAGCCGAACCCUCAUGCCCUAAACCGACAUGCAAUACUAAAUAGUACAAAAUAAGUGCUGUUACGAUCCCAUCUGUACUUUAAAUGGUGACGUCACUGAACAAGUCCCUCAUUAUAAAUAACUGUAUUUGAUUGGAUAACAAAUACAUAAAGCACACACUGACAACCUUUCACAAAAACUUUAAAUUCAAAUAGGUUUUGUUUACAGAAAUAAAGCCUGUUUUUCAUAUACAAAUUGGAAAACACUGAGUCAAUCUACAAUCCUUUCUUCACUGGAUUAUAGUGACAUUAUUUAUGGUCACGCAGCAAACAGUACCUUAAAAAAUCUUUAUACUAUCUACCACAGUGCACUUCGUUUUAUUACUUUUGACAAUUACUAUACUCACUGCUGUGAUCUGUAGGGCAGGGUUGGCUGGACCUGACUGCAGAUUUAUACACACCCACGUUUUCAUUUACAAAGCUUUACUGGUAAAACUUCCACAGUAUCUCACCUCCCUGAUUCAAUUUAAUUCUCAUCUUUACCAUACCAGGACUUAGGAGAGAUUGACCUUAGCAGUAGCACAAAUCUACACAGUACAAGGGAAAAGUAAUUUUAGAUUUUAUGCCCCUAAUUUAUAGAAUAGUAUCAUAAACAUAAACAACUGAAACUAAACUGAAUACCUUGUGCACCUUAAGUGAAUUUAAACAGUCUUUUCAGACUAUUGUAAUUGUUUUAACUGUUCAGUAAAUAUUUAUAUGUACAUAUUACUAUGCGUUUUAUUAAUUGCAAAUGUUGUAUGUUUUAAUUGUGAAUGGUAUGCAAUCUCAAUGGGACUUCCUGAUAAAAUAAAAUAAAAAAUAAUGUGUUU